CAAUCUUGUGAUUCAAUCAUCCGUUCCCUAACCGUUUCACGGUCCAGACAUAUAUCCCGGACCAUGGAGAACAUCUGUGUGAGAUGUUCGAGGCUCGGUCUGACCGCCGGUCGAGCCCGACAUGCUCAUGCGUUAGCUGUCACUUCAAGAACUUUCUCCUCCGCAAGGACAUUGCAAGCGGAGAACGAUUCUAAUGAUAAAGGACCAACCAUUCGUCGCACCCCCACAGGUCCCGAAGAUUCCGUCGAAACUAGACGCAUUCAAACGACACGACCCAAUAAUAACAACAGCCGGGGCAGUCCUCGACCUGGACCUCAAAGACAAUUCAACCCUCAACGGCCCGCACCGACAGGUCCGUCGUCGACCUCAUCCCAAUCACCAUCCUCAUCCUCAUCCACAUCCUCACCAGGUGGUGGACCGACCAUUCUUCGCCGUUCUGGACCCGGCACCGGUCGCCUACAACCGAUUAAUUUGACCGGAGGUCGUGGUGGAGGAUUCGGAGGACCGCCAGGACGAGGAGGCGGAUUCAGAGGACCACCAGGCCGAGGAGGUGGAUUUGGAAGAGGAAGAGGAGGAGCAGCUCGACCAGGUGAUUCACGCAUCCACCGCGCACGAGCCAAAGCCGCUCGCGACCAAGCACAACAAGAACAGGAUGAUGGAUCAACAGACGCAGCGUUUGAUGAAUAUGUGCGCACCAACCUCGAUCCACCGGUCAAUCCGACGGAAGAGAUCGAUCAUGUCCCCGGCAAGAAUAUGUCGUUGGAAGAAUUACGCAAGGAAUGGCCGAAUACGCCAUUGACGAGUGUCGGGUUGGUCGAGAGUGUGCAGCAAAGAAUCGAGUUCUUGUCACAUCGUCUGCAACAUGAUUAUCAGACGCCGAUGCAGUUGGUCGAGAGAUAUCAAAAGGGGAAGUUUGUUCGCUUUGAAAGCGAAGAGGAGAAGGAAACUGUCAUUAAACUGGCGACCGAGCUGGCUCAACAAAAGGCAGAUGAGGCUAAGGCAACAAAGGGCGAGGAUGUGCCGGUUGAGGACAUGAGUUUCAGUAACGUCGCGGAAAGGGCUGAUGAACGAAAAGGUCUGACCGAAGCCUAUGUCAAGGGCAAAUAUCCCGAGCCCGUCAAGCAGAAGAUGCCUUUCAUGGACGACAUCGCACAGGCGCUGAUCAACAACCCUACCUACAACACUCUGCAAGCCGAGGAAUUCUUGAAGUCUAUCGAGACCGCUGUGAGCGCUCAUCGAGGAGGAGCCCGGCAGAAAAGUGCAUAGAUAGGCGUAUGGGCAAAACGGCAAGUCAACCACCUGUAUGAGAUGAAGCGGUGGCUAUACUAUACCAAUGGCACUAUGUACAACUACAAUUACCAAAUUCAAACUAGCCUGAUGCAAACAAAGGGUUCUGUAUCUUUUGGGCCAUCAAAUUCUCAACCUUGUGACGAGAACACGAU